CUUUCCUGUCACUGGAUACUACUACUCCCAGCCCUCCUCGAAGCCGUCUGAGCAACCCCUCGGUCUUCACUUUACAAGUAGCAAUUUGACUUGCUCUGCUGCAUGUCAAGAGAGACCGUGGAAAGUGUGGAGACGCCCUGGGGAAUAAGCGAUCGCAGCUUAAAAAGAAAAAAAGCCAAACAAAUAAACAAAACCCACCCACCCUAACAAACAUGAGGCUGCUGGAGAGAAUGAGGAAAGAAUGGUUCAUGAUUGGAAUAGUGCUGGCGAUCGCCGGAGCUAAGCUGGAGCCGUCCAUAGGGGUGAAUGGGGGACCACUGAAGCCAGAAAUAACUGUCUCCUACAUUGCUGUUGCAACAAUAUUCUUUAACAGUGGACUAUCAUUAAAAACAGAGGAGCUGACCAGUGCUUUGGUGCAUGUAAGACUGCAUCUUUUCAUUCAGAUCUUUACACUUGCAUUCUUCCCAGCAACAAUAUGGCUUUUUCUUCAGCUUUUAUCAAUCACACCCAUCAAUGAAUGGCUUUUAAAAGGUUUGCAGACUGUAGGUUGCAUGCCUCCCCCUGUGUCUUCUGCAGUGAUUUUAACCAAGGCAGUCGGUGGAAAUGAGAUGAAAGAGCGAAAGUAAGAGCAGCAGCAGCAGCGGCAAGACAGUCCGUGUCCCUACUCUUCCAUACCUACCUUUUAACUUCAGAAUCAUCUUCUGGGUUGGAUUAGCAUUCUUAGGAUAACUAGAAAGAGUUGACUGUGUUUGUUUUAAACUGCUAUAAAACUUGCAUGAAACAUACUUAGAUUUCCCAAGACUUUUGUAUAUUAUUUUGAAUUCUCUCAUUUAGCCUCUUAAUGCCUCUCAGAUUGUCUUUCAUUUCUAUCUCUUUAACCAAAAGAGUCUUCUUAGUGGUUGGCAGGGAUUUCCGUUCAGCUAAUCCAGUGGCUGAUUCUCAGUUCUCAUCCUCCGUGACCUAAUUGCAGCCUUUGACACUGUGGUUACCCCCCUCCAAAGUCCCGUUGCUUCCCUGACCCUUUCCUCUCCUAGUUUUCUUCCUACAUCUCUCAUCACUCCUUUUCUUCCUGUCUAAUUCCUCUCCCAUCCCAAUGCGAGUGUCUUCUAAGGUCUUGAUCUUCAAACACCUGAUUUAGCAUUGCUGAAUUCCUGUUUCUGAGUCCUUUUUCUCUCUAUAGUUGAAGUCAUUUGACCCCUACCUUUGGGUCUAGCUCUGCCUCAGACAUAAGGACCAGUCCUGAUUUUGGGCGAGAAGUGUUUAAACAACACCCACUUAACAUGCUGUGGCACGAGAUCACCACUCUUACUGCCAGGCCAGCUGACCCCUAGCAAGGAUACACUUGCCAAGGAAUCAGAGCAGGUGCUCCAUGUCUGCUUUGACCAGUACUCACCUGGUGGUCUGAGUGGUCACCAGGUUGGUCCUGGACCACUGAGCCUUGGUUUUGUCAUCCUCGGGACAAUAGUAUUUGCGUCCUUAUUUCACAAGAUUGCUCACAGGGAUCUCAUGCAAUCUCAUGCAGAAGUCCCUGUAAAUUGUGCGAGAACAUAUCAAGCAAGCAUCAGCGUCCUCAUCAUUGCCGAGGUUUGCCACUGAUGGAAUCACCUGGUUUUCUGAGUCAUCAUCACUGCUUUCUCAAGAAUUUGAUCUUCUGAGUUCACUCACUCACUCUCUUUAUUCGUUUAUCUGGAAAUAUAUGUUGAGCACUUGCUAUAGCUUGCUAUGGAUAGUGCCUUCAUAGAAUUUUCAGUUUAGUAAAAAUAUGAAACAUAAACAGUAAAUUAUAUAAGGUAGUUGGUGUCUAAAUUUACAAGAUGGUGGCUUUUUAAAUAAAUAUAAUAAAUUGGCGAAUCUCAGUUUAUUGGUUUGUGUUAGAGGUCCUCAAUAUCUUUGUACAGAAAUUUCAGAUAACCAAGAUUACUCCUUCUGGAAGCUAAAGGGCAAAUUAGUAAUGGAAAGAUUGCUUUGGGGAUUUCGAACCAGAUAAAGGAUUUUCAGGAUGUUUCCUCUAAACUGUGAAGACUGGGAAACCACUCCAGUUCUAUCCCACAAAAAAUUAAAUAAAAACAAACCACAAAAGCAGGUACCAUUGAACAGUUCUCCAUAGAUAUUGAAAUUUUGUUAUUGUCUAAUUCCCUUUUAAUAUCAGGAUGUCUGCAUAUAUUAUGACUCAUCUAAAACAGAUUUCGAUAAUUCGAUUUAGUUCGAUUAGUUACAUUUUAAAUAUUAGACUUUUUUUUAGAGAGGCACUCUGGGUCUUUUAGUGAUUUUGAAGAAACAUGAGUCUAAAUAACACACAUAACUUUUCUCUUAAUCUUAUGUAAUUGAUGUUCAUACUUGUUGUAUCUUAUUAUAGAGAAUUUGAUUAUUUUUAUGUUUAUUUCCAAAUUCUGGGCAUGUACUUAUUUUAGGUCUGGUGGCUUAUCUGUGUAUUGACUACAGGCCGGUUACACAUGUAUUUGUUUGUAUUUACAGAAUUGUUACUAUUGAAAACAGAAGACUUAUUCACAGUAAUUUACUAUACCAUGGAGUAAUAUAGAAAUAUCAAUAAGUUAAAUCUGAGAAUAUUUGGCUUUUAAAACUUUACUUGCUUUAUGAAGACAUCAGGCUGUGUCUUCGAAGUAUCUAACGAGAACACCUGCUCGGUGCAAUAAGAUUUUUCAAGCGGAUUAUUCAUGCCCAAGGAUACUUGGAUCUAAAAUAACGGUCUGAAUAUAUGCAGUGGGACUGAGCUGCAUUCUAAUCAAGUGCCAAGAUAUUGGACUUGAAGGGCCUUCUAAAUGAGUGCUUUGCAUUUUUUUUUAAACACAACCCACAGAUAGAAACGGAAAAGUUUCCAAAGUACAGUUACUCUUUGCGUAAUUCACUCUCUCCUCUCCUGUCUUCCCUUCUCCCCUUCUCACUCCACCUUGCCUUCCUUUCUCCUUUUCUUCCCUUCCUUUUUCUUCUCUCUCUUUCAUUUUGGAACAACAACAACAAAAAUGCCAAUCAGCAUUCACUAAAUUGAUUUUGUGAACUAUAGGUUGAAAAACACUACCCUACCCUGUAGUGGAAAUCACCAUCCAUAGUCCCUCUUGAGUCAGCUCCUCUGAUCUUCUGGACAAACUCUUGGCCUCUGGUCUGUUCUCAGGGGGAUUCCUGGCCUCCUGUUACUUGGAGACGAUUCCUUUGGUCUUGGCUCUCAGAGCACUUUGAGAACUUUGUGUUCCUGAUAACUUCUUUUGUUGCUUGUGGUCAGCUCACUUGGCCAUUCUGCUCCUAUAAUAGCGACCCCCUCAUCCCUCAGUAUCGACUGGUUGAAGUCCUGCCCAUUAGUCAAGGCCCAGCUCAAACAUCAUUUUCCUCUCAAGAAGCCUUUGCAGAUGCCCAGUCAGAAUCAACCUUUUCUUCCUUCCACAAUAGAAUACUUUUUUGGUACCUCUGUUGUGACACUCACCCUUAACCAGGUAUUUUUGUAUGUAUUUGACUCUCCAGUCAAUUUUUGAAUUUUCUUUGCAGGAACUGCUUUUCUUUGUAUCUCUUUAGUGCAAUGCAAGAGUAUCCGUAAUAAAAAUGGCAGAGAAUUUGGGAAACUAGAGGAUGACUCCAGUUUUAUCAGUUGUAUAAUGAUCCCAACAGAGUUAAGAACAGUGAUUAAGUCACUUACAUUGCAGUAAUUUCCAUAACUGUACGUCCUCAAUCUCUCUUUCAAGGAUCUUUUCGUAAUUUACUGUGCCAGAAUAAAGUGGGAUAGAAUUGAA